AAAAAAGUGUUGAUUGGGUGGUGGCACCUCUAAAGGGAAUUAAGCCUUGCCAGUCUCUGAGGUCUACAUUGUCAUCAAGAUACAUCAACAUAGAAAAAAUAGAGAACAACCAAGAGAACACGAAGGAGAAAAGAGCACAAGAACAGAUGACAAAAGACCAGAGAAAAAGGUGGUUGCAGUAGCUGCAGUUUGGUCAAAACUGAGCUAUGACCAACAUCAUGUGUCUGAGGAGCAGCACAGAAAACAGGGUGUGAGAACUGCUGGAACAGAUUUGGCUGGACAAGAACUUUAAAACUUUUGGAAUAGCAUUUGUAGGGCAGCAUAAGUAGAGCUAGAAACUCCCAGCACCAAAGUAGCAUGAGUGAGCAGCUGGAAGGAGACACAACCAGCCCUCAGGAAAGGUUCAGGGAAGAUGGUGAAGGAGAGGAGAAAACCAUGGAACAGGGGGCAGAACAAAUGGCCUUCAAAGGCGACAUGUGGCAGGAGGAGAAGAAAGAAGCUCAUGCAGAGUAUCCGGAGUCCCCAGCCAAAGCUGAGGUCAAGCAGGCAAAGGUCCACUCAGUUUUCUCUCUGGUCAGGAGUCAGAUCCGCGCUCAAACCAGUUUGGACACCCGGCGAACAGGCAUGUUGCAGCUGGUGCAGCGGGUCACCAGGCAACUGGACCGGAGCAAAGGUGAUGCGGGUGAGCCUGUAACAGGCCAUGAGGUCGCCUCGGCUGAAGAGGAGGUCGCCACAGCCCUGGAGGCUGAGGAAGAGACUAUGGAGAUCAAAGAGGAUCACGAAACACAGGAGAAGAGCAAAGAGGAGGUGUGUGUGGCCCUGCUCCAGGAAGUGCUGGAUAGUCUGGAAUCCAUGAGAAAGGAAGUCAGAGAGGAGCUGAGUUUAUUAAAGCUGGAGUCACAAAGCAGCACAGAAGAGGCGCUGAAAAACCUGGAGGCACGACUCACACAAACAUUAACAACACACAUGAUGCCCCAGGCCCGCUCCAGAUCCCACCUGGCUGGACCAGUGGAUGGGAAAAAACACAAACCCCUCUCCGUUCCGCCUCUUGUAGCAAGUAGAAGGCGCACUCUAAACCGCACGAUGACCACCAUCACUCCGAAAAGCUGCCCCCCGCCUACCCUCGGCCCGCGCUCUAUGUCAGAGCCCCUGGGAGGUCGAGUGGCUGAGAGAGCUGGCAGCAGCGGCAGUAGUACACAUACGUUCCUGAGGGGAGGAGACCCUAUAGGGCCACUUCUGGGACCCCUGGGGCCUUUACCUCCAGCGCUACCUCCAACACAGUACAGUAAAAAGCCUCUGGGCAGUAAGAAUCGAGUAAGUAAGGUGGCAAUUUAG